GUUUACGGAAAGGCAUUAUCGUCAUUGAACGCCACGCAAGCGGGUUAAUAGGUGGUUUAUCGGUUGUCAUAGUCUGACGGAAACAUUGUACGGAAUCCACGAGCAGAAGACUCACGGGAGAUCCGAAUGACUGUAGAAUUAUCAAAGAAAUCCAGGAAUGGCGGCAAAUCUUGCGGAGACAACGCGCGGUAUCGAUAAAUCCUACAUCCCGAUGAGGCGAAACGCAGAGGAUGUUCAAGCUGAACGGCAGAUCCAGGAGGACGAGUAUGAUCCCUUUGCCGCUCGUCCAUCUGCACCUCUGACCUCAGAUUUUGCCGUAUACAUGCAUCUGCUGAAGUGCGCGAUUGGUACCGGUAUACUCUUCUUACCGCAUGCCUUCAGAAGGACCGGCUACGCGAUGUCUAUCGUCUGCGGCAUCGUCAUGGGCAUGCUGUGCAUGCACGUGGCCGUCAUUCUCGUGCAGUGCUCCCAGAUAUUAUGCAGACGUAAUCGCGUGCCCAUGCUGGAUUUAGCCGAAACGGCGCAGUUCUCCUUCCAAUCAGGUCCGGAGAGGAUUCGAAAGUACUCCAGGCUAUUCGGUGUAGUUACCAACGUGCUCAUUUUCUUCGUGCACUUUCAGACCGCAGUGAUAUACAUCUUAUAUGUGGCCACAUCGUUCCAACAGGUGAUAGAAUUUUUCGCGAACCUUCAGCUGAACUCGCGUGUCUAUAUCGUCAUCUUCUUUCCCUUUGCCUGCGCCUUGGGCUUCGUGCCGAACCUGAAAUAUCUAGCGCCGUUCUCCAUUAUCGGCACUUUCUUCCUGUUCCUUGGAGUUUGCACCGCGUUUUACUACUUCCUGGACGAUAUUCCCGAUCCCAGUAGACUCGACGUUCUAACGGAAGCUCUACCUGUGCCCAUGUAUUGCGCAAUUUUCCUGUUUGCUUUGCACAAUAUGACCCUGUACCUACCGCUGGAGAACACGAUGAGGCAUCCCAGUCAUAUGCCGCGUAUAAUUAUCACCAGCACCUUCCUGAACAUUAUUAUAUACCUAGUUUUCGGCUUCCUGGGCUACAACAAGUACCCAGAUGCUUGCGACACCGUUAUCAAGAACUUACCAAUGGAGGAGACCCUGGCCCAAGUAGUCAAGAUAGCUAUUACCUUGUCAGUCCUGUUUUCUUUCGGUUUGACAUACUACGUACCGAUCAAAGUGCUGUGGCCUAUAAUCUACGUGAAAAUCGCCACCAAGAGUUCGCUGCAAAUUCGAAUUUAUAAUUGCUUGCUUCGAUUAGGCGGUGUAGUCAUCACCACGUUGGUGGCCAUCGCCGUGCCCCAAAUGGUACCUUUGUUGGGCCUGUUCUCCGCCUUGGGCAUGUCAACGAUCAUGCUGCUGAUACCCAUACUAAUCGAGACAUCGACUAAGUGGAUGGGAGCCACGAGAACGUUGCUCGCAAAGAACAUUACUAUUUUCGUCGUGUGGCUAAUGAUCUUGAUUUUUGGGACAAUAGAGAGCACCUGGUCAAUUGUUAGAGAAUAUAGCGAAAAGGAGGAAGAAUGUUGAUUAACAGUCUGUCAAACUGCUUGAGAGACUCUUAGCGCAAAAUUAUGCUUCCUAUGAUAACUUAAAACGUAAAGCAGUCUGAUGUCACUUGAGGAUGUAGAUAAUCAGUAAGCAACGAAGGACAGAUUCUCCAGAGCAACGAAGCGAAAGAGGACGAGAACAAAUAGAAUACACGAGAAAUCUUUAUAACAAUGUUCUUCAACUGUAUUUAUUUUCCCGCAUUGUGACUUAUGCACAAAGAAAUAUCUCAUGUUCCGCUCAUUAUGAGAUCAUUUCAGUUUGCCGUACCGGCAUGGCAUCAUAAGGAUGACAUAUCUCGAUGAUCGUUCUCGUCUUGUUUUUUUCGCUUCUAAAUGUCUGAUCAACGUGAUUGAUAUCUGACCGGUAUCGAGGACCCUUCAUUUCCGUAAAGAGUGGAAUGUAGCACUUGCGACAUUCCGGGGCACCUUCAAUUUCCCUUGGCCGACGUUUACGUAACGCGCGGCACUGCAGAGUUGCGCUGUUCGCGAUGUGGAACAAGAGCGACAACCUACAAUGAGAAACUACACCGGCGGCGCAGAAGCGGUCCAGAGAAGGGAGACCUGCCAGGGACCUUUUUGCAAGAGAACGAAGAGAGAGACGGUGAGUGCGCGCGAUCUGCGAACAAAGAGAGACGAAGAUAAGGUGAAAGGGAACGCAUGUGAUGUGGAGGCGCGAAUCGAGCUGAUCGCACAGUCGAAUAACCGACGUCCCUAUGGGUACAAAACACAGGCAACGGUUACUUGAUGUAGUAUUCUUCAGGAAUCGGAGGUGUCGACGAUAUCUGAUUCGAGCGGCUCGUCGCGUCCAUUUUUAUUGAACCUUCGACUUUAUAUAUACGUGUCGUUAAUCAAUUAAUUACGCGGUCACCAGCACUUCAGCGAGGAUAAACGCAAUGGGAUAGAGAAGCGGAAGCGAUAUCGCAAGGAUUAGGUAGAGGGAAAGACGUGAAAGCGGAAAGCAAUUCGAUGUUUAUAUGCUCGAUAAAUAGCGCUUCGAUCAAUAAUUUUGAAUGUUGUCGUCAAUUCUGAUUAUUUAUUCAAAAACUCGCAAACAUUGAGGUAUCUCAGAAAGAAUUUAAAUGUUAUUUUGUAAAUCACAUAAAUAUUUUCA